UCCCGGCUUUCGCCCAUCCCGGCGGGGCUGUUUGCCUUGAUGGCUCUGCUGGGUUUUAAAUAAUUCGAAUGCGCGGAAAAUACCACGUCAUCGUAGCUCAUAAAUGACAGGGGGUCUAGCUAGAUUUAAAGGCGUAAUCUGUGAAUGCCGGAAGGGACCAGACUUUGGAAAAGAAACGGCGAAAUUCGUAGCUCACAAUUCGUUGGUUCUCAUUCAGGGCAUCUGCAACACCUAUCUGGUUCCGUAAGAGCACCUGGGAUUCCGACAAACGAACGUGUAUUUGCAGCAUCCACCUGUUGGAGCGCUGGAAGCAUUGAUGGCUGCUGAUGGCUGGAACCCCCACGACGAAAUAGGCCAAUUCAAGUACGCAGCUGUCUCCUAUUGUCUGCGUGGAACUGUUCGCAUUAUUGGUGUGUGUUUUUGUGUGGGACCUCGUCACAAUUCUUCUUGCUUGUCUCACCAUGAGAAAAAGCGACCACACCACAGCCCAUUUGCAUUCCAUUCCAUUUUCUUUGGCAAUUCGACCUGGAACGAUGAUCCCACGCCGCCAUCUUGUUCUGCUUGCCGCGUCUCUGGCAACCACUUGUGCCUUUGUUCCCUCCCAUGUGGCUGCUCCAUUGCCCAGUACGAGUCGUUCCUCGCAGCUGAAUGUGAUUCCUGCCGCUGCCGCCUCGCUGUUGGCGGGGUCUGUGGCCGGUGCUUUGGGAGUCGGUGUGGCCCACCCCAUUGACACGGUCAAGACGAAAUCGCAAGUAUUGGCUGCUUCACAGACCGAAAUGACCACCAAGACGGCCGCCAAGGUACUCCAAAAGAAGAAACAGAGCAGCAACGACAACGACAGUGAAAACAAGAGCGACAGUAGUAAGCCACUGGUAGACUUUGGCACAGAUCAGAUGGAUCUGACUGUGGACUCGACAGGACGACUGUCGAUUGCCUCUGCCAUUCCAGUGCCCACGGCCGGUGCCAGCAUGAUGGAAGUGUCGCAGUAUAUUUAUCAAACCGCAGGAAUUCCCGGGUUCUUUGCCGGUGUCUCCACGAGCAUGUUGGGUCAAGCCAUUAUCAAGGCGGUGGUAUUUGCCGUCAAUGCGGCCGUCUUGCAGUAUUCUAGAGAGCAUCAUUUGUUUGGCGAUCACACUGCCUUGCAACUACUGAGUGCCGCCGCACUGGCGGGAUUUGUGACAUCCUUCUUGGCGGCUCCUGUGGACCGCAUCAAAGUCUUGAUGCAAUGUGCCGAUCACGAAUGCUACAAUGGAGAUGAAACCGAGUGUGUCGAUGCCGUCUUGCAACGAGAAGGUUGGAAGGGUCUUUUAGGGAGAGGAUUGUUUGUCACGAUGAUCCGAGAGGUUCCUGCGUAUUCGCUCUACUUUGGCGUGUACGGUGGAUUGCAAGCCUACUGUACAGAUCUGUCGGCUCUGUUGGGACCGACACUGACACCGGCAUUGUACGGAGCUGCCGCUGGAUGUGCCUGUUGGCUGCCCAUUUAUCCGAUUGAUGUCAUUCGGACGGCUGCUCUCAAUACCGAAGGAGAUGAUGCCGACAGUACCGACAUUAGCAAGUCUCCCUGGGAAAUUGCUGUCGACUUGUACCAAACAGCUGGUUGGGAGCCAUUCUACGAUGGCUUGGGAGCACGGAUGUUGCGACAAGCAGUGAACCACGCCGUCACCUUUUCCGUCUACGAGAUCAUGAUGAAAGCAGCGCUCUUUCAACAGCCCGAUGUCUUUGCAUAAAUUCGAGCGACGAGGAAGCAGUCAAAAAGAUCGCCAAGCAACGCCAAAACGCUAUACUCCACCGAUAGCUAUCGACACGCCCAGGAUACACCUUAUACGGUAUACCAGUACCCUUGCCGCCAAUGAAAAGCCUCGGUCUUCCAUCAAGCCGUCGCAGCAAGACAUAUCCAUUGUGGAUG